AUGCUGCCCCAUCAGCGUGAGAAAGUGGACAUCUCGUCCCUCAAUGAAGAGGAGCAGAAACUGUUUCGCUUGUACGGCAAGCUGCCGAACCGCAAGGACCUCUUAGCAAACAAGCUCAAGGAGCGUAAAUACUUUGACUCGGGCGACUACGCGCUGUCCAAGGCCGGGCGCGCGCCGAAGCAGUCGGUCGGGACCACGAUCCCGAACCCUGAUAUGGUGCCGCAUGCGGCCACCGCACAGAACGGCACGCCGCCCAUCCAGAUCCCAGGGCAGAGCGCGUCGCCGCCGGGCCACUCGGCGCCGAUCGGCAUUCCGGAGGGCAACGCGUCGAGCCCCACGUCGCAGUCCAACCGUCUCUCCGCCUCGAUGGGCGGCGGCGUGUUUGGCGCAUCGCCGUCGCGCUCCUCGUUUCCGACCGCGACCGGCGUGCACGCUGGAAGCCCAGGGCGCGAGCCGACCAGCUCGCUCGCACGUGAACAGGUGCCCGACUCCUCGAACGACAUGGUGGAGGGAUGA